AAUACUUUUCCCCUGCUAUAAAUACAAUAGCCUACCACCUCCAUUUUCACAAGCUCAAAUUCCUCACCUUCUUUUCAUCUACUCAAAACCUUCCUCUCACCCUCAACCUCAAGAAACCCCAAAAGGAAAAAAAAAUUAAAAAAAAUGAGAACCUUAACUGCCAUCUCUGCAACAACAGCAACAAAAUCUUCAUUGGAAUCAUUGCCGCCAACACCAGCCAUGGCUGUUCAGCAGCAGCGCUCGCCAUGGCACUCUCCGGUGCCAUACCUCUUCGGAGGCCUGGCAGCGAUGCUGGGUCUUAUUGCGUUCGCUCUGUUGAUCCUGGCCUGCUCUUACUGGAAGCUUUCGAGCCGAUUGGAAGACAGAGAAGGAGGCGAAAGGGACUUGGAGAGUGGCGGUGGUGAUGAGAAAGAUCAAGGCGAUGAGUCUGGCAAGACAGCGAAGGUUUCUGAAGAGAAGAUUUUGGUGAUAAUGGCUGGAAAUGAGAACGCAACUUUUUUGGCGACUCCUGUUUCAUUGUGCUCUAAAGUUACUUCCUUUGGUGCUGAUAAGCACGUUGUUGAUGAACAGGGAGAGAGUAAAGAUGGAGAUAAAGAAGAGAGUUCUUCUGAGAAAAUGAAAGAGGAAUUGGGAGCCCAGCAUCUUGAUGAAGCUGUGAGUAGUAUUCAAAACAGCAAUACAGAAACCCAACAGGGGCAAUUAGGAGAAGAAGAAGAAGCCCACCACCAUCAAAACCAGUGAGGUCACUGAGCCUGCUCUGUUUCGGUUUUCGCAUAUCUUCAGAGAGACAGAGUGUUCUGUUUUUUUUCGUUUCCUCUGGUUCUACUUUUUUUUAAAAUAUUUUUCUGGUGGGUUUUUUGGGUUUAUUUUUAUUUUUAUUCGGGAAAUGUAAAUUUUGAUGAGAUUGGAAAUUAUAAGGAAUUAAAUUUUGUUUA